UCCGUCUUCUCUGUGAGGAUGACAUGACAACGUAGUCGUAACCCUAAAGAAACCUCUCCAAAUCAAUCGCAACAAUUCACUAAUGAUACCUCACCCUAAGCCCAAGAACAAAAUCACAGAGAAGACAACUCUGAAAAAGAUCGAAUCCGAGAAUAUUCCCAUCACCACCGUGAUCAAAGUCUCGAAGCUUAAGACGGAGUUGAAAAAGGUAGAGGUAGAGGAAGGGAAGAGGCACGAGAUGUACUUCACGGGGAGGAGGUUGUUGCCGCGACGGGGACUUGUAGUGUUGUGGCGGUUAUGGAGGGGAUCGCUGAUUCGAUUCCAGGGAAGUGGAAGAAUGUGUAUUAUCAAGGAGAACAACUUCAAACAGCCUGGAGAUAGAUACAGAUCAUGGGCACCAGACAGGCAAGACAGGUUUGUAAAGAGAUGGGUUGAGAUAUUGUCAGAGCCACGUCCGCAGCAUCUGGAUCUCUUACUGGUCUCAGGCUGAUCGAUCUCUGGGACAGAAACUUGCAAGCCGUCUCAACGGAAGGCCAAGCAUUUAGAGACUAAUCUCUUGUCCUUGGAAAGUCACCUGAAACCUCGAGUUCUCUCUCUCUUGUCCGUAGACCUCGAGCUCUCUCUCUUCUCUGCAGACCCGAAUCAUUCCGAACACGAAAGGUUCUCUCUAUCUUGAAUCCUCAUGUCCCUCAUUAACCAGCUCGAAAAGGAUAAGAAAUCAUUGACUCUAUCCCCAGAUGACAAGUAGGAUCGUGCAGGAAGAACAAACUUGUGAUAGAAGAGUGAAUGAGUGGAGCACUGGAAGAGCAAUUACAGACUUACUUGUGUAGACUUGUGUAACCAGUUUUUUAAAGAACCCUACUAUUAGAGCCAAAAAAACUGUUAUCUCUUAAAUAUGUCUUUUAAGUCACUUUACUUUUAAAUUAUUAAGAGACCCAAGAUGGUAGGGCUGGGCAAA